GACCGCUAGAAUCCGCCCACUACGCCACGAAUCUGACUAAUUGCUUGAUAUACCAAUCGCUGUUGAUCAUGGAAUAUAUGUAUAAUGAAUUCGUGGGAAGCUGCUCACAUCAACUUUGGCCUAUCUGUCUGAAAAUGCUUUCAUACAAGUUCGACAGGAAACGAGACUUGCAAAUGAAACGAUCCGAUACUUGGUGUCAGAAACUUUCACAGAUGUCCUACAUGACACUUUGCUACAAAUUAGAUUCACAUGUGACUCUAAACCACACAAUUUUCUGCCUAUAUGUAGAGAGUUUGCUCUGGUCGGCUUUCACUGGCCUCGCCCCGCGCAGUACAAUAUCGCCUGUGCAGAUGCAUUCCCUCCGCACUGGGUCUUGGUCCGUGUCCUCACUUUCCUCUCCAUCUUCGAGUUACUCUUCACCUCGACUCUGCCAAGUCAUACGCUGGCCAAUGCAACCAAAGCCCUAAGCUUGGGCCAUAAGUUUGCUCAAACGCUCAAUAUACCACCACCCCACCCACACCCUCUACCCCUCCAUCGACUCUCCAACUGCCGUCGUACUCUCAACUCUACUACCAUUGAGUAUUCCAACUUCCUCCGCUGCCUAACGUCAACCACCUCUUCUGCAGACAUCUCUUCUUCUUUCAUUAAUUUCCCCUUGCGGAGCCGACCACGACAUAUCUCUGUGUGUACGCAUCCAUUUCGUCUGUACGACGUUUUCUCCACUGCUUCCAUUCUCAACACCGCCCAUCAUGCCGUCUGUUUUGAAGGGACGCGGAAAUAAGAUUUCCAGCUAUUGGGAGCGGAUACAAGCUUGGUUCUGGUGUGGCCAAUUUCUCAACCCUGCAGUCCCGGCCUCCGAAGAGCUUGAAGCUGCCGACAGCCACGACGUUACCAUUAUCGAAGUACCCUCCACUGGCGACAAUUCCAAAGCCGUUAGAUUCGCGGAGACAGUGACUAUCAUCGAAGCAACUCGACCUCCUACGGUAGCUAAAAAGCCCAACGCCACUGUAUCCGAGAAAGAUAUGGGUAGCCCCCGAAAGUCCAGUAAAUCUCCGGUGUACAAGCAAUAUACCUACAGCACUCGUGAUUCUAAUACCUCUCGAGCUUUCAAUAAGGAUAGCUCAAGGCUACACAAUGUGCAAAAUGCCUCCAUCACAAAGUCCGGAUCGUGCAAGUUUCAGACAUCAACACGCUUGAGCAAAAACGUCUUCACCAGGUAUCACGAACAACAGACGAAGAAUAAAUUCUGGACUGGGCGGAUCUUGAUAUCAACAAGUGUCGUCACUACCAAGAAUGACACUCCAAAUUCUUACUCCGCUCCAUUCACUCUUCCAACUCCUUCCUCUAAAAGCACCAUCUCUUCCCCCAUCUUCGCUGCUGAUCCAGACAACCACCCUAACUCCACUGACUCCCUGAACAUAUCAACUCCUCCAUCUUCGUUUGGCUCUCCAUCCUCCUCACCUGCCCCGUCCUCCGGCAGAGCAGUUCCCGCCAAAGAUGCAGAAAGAACCACCAUCGAGCAACAGCGCGCCCUCGCCACCGAGGCUUCCAUUCAGAAGACCCAGGCCCGAGAUGAGCGAAAGCAUGCUCAAGAGGCUACGGCCAUCAGAUCCGCUCGCCUUUCUGAGCACCGAAUGAUGCAAGAGAUCAUGGAUAGAGAGCAAGCUCGCCAAGCUCACCUUGCUGCCAUGGCGUACGAGCACCAGCAGCAGCUCGCCCUUCAAAAUCAGCGACAGCGCGAGCUGAAAGCGGCUCUCAACGCUCAAAAGAUCAUGGAGUUGAAGGGAUGUCGUCAAAAAUACGAUAAUAUCAUCAACGCUUUGGUCGGCCCGCUGCUUGGAAAUGGCUUCGCUCCUGAGAUCCCUGAGGCCUGGGAGCGGGAGACCAUUCCGGUCCUCACGGCCAUCUGGAGUGAGAUCUCCGGGUUCUGUGAAGGGGUGACAGUCCAAUCUCUGCGGACCUUGUCUCCCAUCGAGUUCCUCCAGUUCGAAACCGAAUUCGUCUCGCCAGCCCUCGCUCGCCUCCUAGCAUGGAGCACAAAACGCCACUCUCUACAGCACCAACAGCUCUUGGGCAAUACAGGGUGGGAACUCCGCUCCGUGAAGAAGUUGUGCAAUGCGCUGUGCCAGAUCCCUUUGGAGCACUCUCCCGACCUAUUCGCCAAGGUCACCAUGAUCUGCGGUUUGCUCUCGAAGUUGUCUCUACAUUUCGCCACACAGAUGAACCGGGCUGUCACCGCCUCUGCAAGAGCUGCCGAGCGUAUUGCAAGGCAUAACGAGGGAGUUGCCUUUCAGGCCAAGGAGCUCGCCGCAGUGCGGCAUGAAGCCGAGAACUAUACUGGCACCAAGAAGACAAAGCAAGACAUGGACCUGGACUUCAUUGCGAAUAACUUGUCCAACUCCACUGAUCUGAACUCAACCCCGGAAUGGGUACUGAGUAUGGAAGAAAUGAUCAGAGAAGAGGCGGAGGCUGCAGCCAAGCGGGAGGCGGCGGCGGCUUCUGCUCAUCUCUCCUCUCCCUCCACAUCUCCGACCUUGGACCCCAGUGACAAGGUCACUUUUGUAAAUUCUGACUACCAACCCGACUUGAGGCGAGGAGCAAUAGUGGAAGAUGAGGAAGAGGAGGAGGAGAGCAGGAUAAGGGAGAGCGGGGUUGAGUCUGAGGAGGGGGGGAAAGGUCGUGGCCGCUUUGCCACUUAUGACGAGAGUGCUGGCGUCCUCGACUUUGGCGAGGAUGAGGACAACUGAGGGAAUCGUCCUGUUUUGUAUUGUUCUGAUUUGAUGUAUGGUUUAGCCUUUUUUAGAGAAAUACUCCCGUGUAAAGUACUCAUGGUUCAGGCAUUGAACAAAUCAUCACACCUCAUUUCAUGUCUUAUUGAAUAAUGCUAAUACGGUUAUUGCGCCCUAUAACCGUCUGAAGAUUCCUCUAUCUAGCUCAGCUUACUACUCCUUCAUUGCUCUAGUCAAGUUGUGACUGUUCUUUAUUCUGAAGUUUACAUACACUGAGACAUCUAAUGGCCUCUAUUCGAAGAUAUCGACAUAUCACAUGCCUGUGUAGAUUCGAGUAUUUAAAUAGACUGCAAAUCAACAUUC